AUGAGCAGCAAGACGGAGACCAGCAGAGAACGACUGAAGACCAUGGUUGCCCCAGACGCCUGGUGGUGUGCUGCUCUGCCAAUCCGAAGCCUGAACCUCUUUGCGGGGUCUCCGCAGCGUGUACACCCCACUGGCGCCAGGCAUCGUUUUUGCUACAUCCGCAGGGUUGACAGUUCCACUUCGGCUCGGACCAAUCAGUCCACUUCUCAUUGCUCCUGCCACUACAAUAUACCACCAACGUCCAUCGCGCCCCAUGUGCUCCAGGUGCGGGCCCCGCUCAGUGGUGCGAGGGAUCGUGAGAGCGAGGGUACAAGUCCCUCAGCCUGA